AUGGCUGGGGGAAAGAACAGUACAGCAGUUAUGAAGUUCAUUCUCUUGGGUUUCUCUGAAUUUCCAAAGCUCACCAUUGUCCUUUUUUCAAUAUUCCUAGGGAUCUGCCUCAUGACAGUGUUCUGGAAUCUGGGCCUCAUCACACUCAUCAGGGUGGACUCCCAUCUGCACACACCUAUGUACUUUUUCCUCAGUAACCUGUCCUUGCUGGACAUCUGCUAUGUUUCCACUAUAGCACCCAAGAUGCUCUCAGAUUUCUUCCAGAAGCAGAAAUCCAUCUCCUUUGUGGGGUGCACUAUGCAGUACUUCUUCUUCUCUAGCCUGGGUCUGACUGAGUGCUGUCUCCUGGCAGCCAUGGCUUAUGACCGUUAUGCUGCCAUUUGUAAUCCUCUGCUCUACACUGCCAUCAUGUCGCCCACCCUCUGUGUGCAGAUGGUGGCAGGAUCUUGUGUAACUGGAUUCUCUGGCUCAUUUAUCCAACUCUGUGCCUUACUUCAGCUCCAUUUCUGUGGGCCAAAUGUCAUCAAUCAUUUCUUCUGUGAUCUUCCCCAACUGCUAAUCCUAUCCUGCUCUGAUACCUUUUUCUUUCAAAUCAUGACCUCUGUGCUCACAGUGAUCUUUGGACUCACAUCUGUCUUGGUUAUCAUGAUAUCCUAUGGUUAUAUUGUUGCCACCAUUCGGAAGAUCACCUCGGCUGAAGGCAGGUCCAAGGCCUUCAACACCUGUGCUUCUCACCUGACAGCAGUGACUCUCUUCUUUGGCUCAGGUAUUUUUGUUUAUAUGUAUCCUAAUUCCGGUGGUUCCUUGAGCCAAAACAAGUUGGCAUCAGUUUUAUACACUGUUAUAAUCCCCAUGCUAAAUCCAUUGAUCUACAGCUUAAGGAACAAGGAAAUCAAAGAUGCCCUAAACAGAUGGAAGAAGAGAAACUUUUUCUGUUGUUACUAA